AUGACCUUCGAUGCCGGGCUUGACACUGUACCACAAACUUCAGUCAUCACUCACAUUCUUGAAUCACAGACCACAAUGUCAGCAGCAAGACGUCCAGGCAGACUCGGCACUCGCUCUACCUCUUGGAACUACUCCAAUGCAGAAGCAUUCAACGACGACAUGUAUUCAAACAUGACAUUUUACGACACACGCAUGCUGGCAUCCAAGACACAUUACGCAACCCUUCCUAGAAACUUCAGAGACGCGAACCCCAAAAAGAGGCAAUGCAGACCUGAAGUGCCACCUCCAUACAAGAGGACGGAGAGGUUCUUGGAAGACUUCAACACCAGUGACUCUGGUUACAGCUCCACCGGUACCACAUCUCCAGAGCCACCAGAAACCUGGCAUCCACCCACCCGCCAAAACACACUUCUGAGACAUCCCACCAACGAUCGCCGCUGCAGGUCAGACUACUACUUCAUCCAACGACCAUCACCAGACGGUAUCAUGCAAGCUAGUAUCGAGCACGGCAUAGCUUCAGAUCCCACCAACCCAUCCAUUUCUUUCGUCUGCGCAAUGAAGCCUCUAUCUCUGUUUCCUCCAGACACAUCAAGCAACAAGAAAAAACGCCGUCGCAUCACCAACAACGAUUUCUCGAAACCGGAUGCGGAUCCUUUGACCUAUAUUCGUGAUAACUGCGAGAAUGCAACUAGAGCUCUGAACAGCCAUCGCAAGUUGCACAACUGUGACUGCGAUUUUGCAUAUCUGGAUAAUAGGAAGAGAGGUACGGGAACCGUGUGGAGACAAGGGGAAGCCGAUGAAGGCCAGGUCGUUGUCACCAGAGCAGAUCUUGGGCCUUCAAGGCCGUGCAAGAAGACGUGGUUUACCGGAUGGUUUGUCAGGCAGCAUCUAGCAUAUCACGAUCGCUAUUGUGUGUGCGGAUGUUUUGGUGUCAAGCGUUGA